CCCUGCCGGAAGGGCUAGUGGCCAGCGUCAUGUCGGCCCAGGGCGAUUGUGAGUUCCUGGUGCAGCGAGCCCGAGAGCUGGUGCCGCAGGACCUGUGGGCAGCCAAGGCGUGGCUUAUCACGGCCCGCAGCCUCUACCCAGCCGACUUCAACAUUCAGUAUGAGAUGUACACCAUCGAACGGAAUGCAGAGAGGACUUCCACUGCGGGGCGGUUGCUGUAUGACAUGUUUGUGAACUUCCCAGACCAGCCAGUGGUAUGGCGAGAAAUCAGUAUCAUAACAUCAGCACUGAGGAACGAUUCACAGGAUAAGCAAACCCAGUUUUUAAGGAGCUUAUUUGAAACUCUCCCGGGCCGGGUCCAGUGUGAAAUGUUACUGAAGGUGACAGAGCAAUGCUUCAACACAUUGGAACGAUCAGAGAUGUUGCUAUUGCUUCUGAGGCGCUUCCCUGAGACAGUUGUGCAACAUGGGGUUGGCCUUGGGGAAGCAUUGCUAGAAGCCGAGACAAUUGAAGAGCAGGAGUCUCCAGUUAACUGCUUCCGGAAGCUAUUUGUUUGUGAUGUUCUUCCUCUAAUCAUUAACAACCAUGAUGUUCGAUUACCUGCCAAUUUGUUAUAUAAAUACUUGAACAAAGCAGCUGAAUUUUACAUCAACUAUGUCACUCGGUCCACACAGUUGGAAAAUCAGCAUCAAGGUGCACAAGAUACAUCUGAUUUAAUGUCACCCAGCAAACGUAACUCUCAGAAGUACAUAAUAGAAGGACUGACUGAGAAAUCAUCCCAGAUUGUAGACCCUUGGGAGAGGUUGUUUAAGAUUCUCAAUGUUGUUGGAAUGAGAUGCGAGUGGCAGAUAGAUAAAGGGAGAAGAAGCUGUAGCGACAUGCUGCACCGGAUGAAAGAGCUCUGCAGGUACAUGAACAGCUUUGACAGCGAAGCUCACAACAACUAUAAGAACCAAGUGCUGUACUCCACGAUGCUAGUCUUCUUCAAGAGUGCAUUCCAGUAUAUCAGCAGCAUACAGCCAUCUCUCUUCCAAGGUCCUAAUGCCCCCAGCCAGGUCCCACUGGUUCUUCUGGAAGAUGUAGCCAAUGUGUAUGGUGAUGUAGAAGUUGAUCGCAGUAAACACAUACACAAGAAGAGGAAACUAGCUGAGGGGAGAGAAAAAACCAUGCAGAGCUCAGAUGAUGAAGAAUGUUCAGCAAAAGGAAGAAACCGGCACAUUGUCGUCAGUAAAGCUGAGCUCAGCAACUCCAUUGAAGUGCUGGAGAGCUUCAAACUGGCCAGGGAGAGCUGGGAGCUGCUCUACUCCCUGGAAUUCCUUGACAAAGAAUUUACAAGAAUUUGUUUGGCUUGGAAGACGGACACCUGGCUGUGGCUAAGAAUCUUCCUGACAGAUAUGAUCAUCUACCAGGGUCAGUAUAAGAAGGCCAUAGCCAGUCUGCAUCACUUAGCAGCUCUCCAAGGAUCCCUUUCUCAGCCACCGAUCACAGGACAGGGGACUUUAGAACACCAGAGGGCGCUCAUCCAGCUGGCCACCUGUCACUUUGCACUGGGAGAGUACAGAAUGACAUGUGAGAAAGUUCUGGACCUGAUGUGCUACAUGGUACUACCCAUACAAGAUGGAGGGAAAGCACAGGAAGAGCCCUCCAAGGUGAAGCCCAAGUUUAGAAAAGGUUUGGAUCUGAAGCUUCUGCCCUGUACCAGUAAGGCUAUUAUGCCGUAUUGCCUGCACUUGAUGCUAGCGUGCUUUAAGCUGAGAGCUUUUACAGACAACAGAGAUGACAUGGCAUUGGGCCAUGUGAUUGUACUGCUCCAGCAGGAGUGGCCCCGGGGAGAGAACCUUUUCCUGAAAGCCAUCAGUAAGAUUUGCCAACAAGGAAAUUUCCAGUAUGAGAACUUCUUCAGCUAUGUGACAAACAUUGACAUGCUGGAGGAAUUUGCUUACUUACGAACCCAGGAAGGAGGGAAGAUCCAUCUGGAAUUACUCCCAAACCAAGGCAUGCUCAUCAACCAUUGCAGACCUUUUGGGUGGCCCCUCCAGAUGAGUGGCAGAGAUGUUGUGAGCAGUGUGCCUCUCCUCCCCUUGGGGCCUUCUAGCCCUCCCAUGGGGUUACUACAGCAGGAAUUCUUACCUGUGCUUCAGCCCAGCAUACAGACUGCUGACAGGCACCACACAGUCACUCGAGGCAUCACCAAAGGCGUGAAGGAGGACUUCCGCCUGGCCAUGGAGCGCCAGGUCUCCCGCUGUGGAGAGAACCUGAUGGUAGUACUGCAUCGCUUCUGCAUUAAUGAGAAGAUCUUGCUCCUUCAGACCCUGACCUGAUAGACCUUUGGCCUCCCUCAGCUCAGCUGUGUGACUAGGGAUGACGCAGCUGUGACAAGUGCUAACUACCAGGACUGAUGAAAAAGGAAAACACCAAGUUCUAACUACCUUGGUUGCUUGAACUUUGAACCCAAGAGUGUGGGAAGUUAUCUCUAUUUUUGAGAGUUAAGGUUUUUUUUAAUUUGUAAAAAACAAGAGUCAAUCCAUUUUGUAAAUAAAAAUCCUACAAUUUGAA